AUGAGUAUAAUAGUGUUCAAACAUCAUUCUACGGGACCGAUCUCUAUAAGUGUCGCGGGGAAUUUCACGAAAUGGGAAAUAGAGCCCAUGGUUUUUAAUGACACGGAAAAACAGUGGGAAUACGAAAUCGACGAAAAAGCACUCCAGGAUUGUCCGCACCGCAAUGGCAAAACUCACACAUUUUUCAAAUUUGUUGAUGCCAACGGUACGUGGUUUACCGAUGACAAUUUCGCAAAAGAAAUCGAUGAACAUGGUAACGAAAAUAAUGCUCUGUAUUUGCCCGUCGCACCUGUAGCAGGAACGUCGGUUUUGGCAAAUCGAGAGCCACAACAGCAACAAGAUGCAGAACGAGUGGAUAACUUCAACGAUGGGGAACAUGAGGAAGAAACAGAAAGAAUCGAAACUCCCAUCAGUCCCAAUCCUACGCCUGCAAUUCCAUUACCUGGAAAUUUCGAUGUUGGGACUUCAAUGCCGGUUGCUCAGCAUGAAGAGUCGCCUGUGCUAAUCAACGAGUCCGAUCUAGAAGAACAAUUCCACGAAACGGAGGAUCAAGGAACGAGAUCUGUGGUCAGAAAUAAUCAGGCCGAUUCAAGCCUAGAUGCAUCUGCCAAUAAGAACCCAAAAGAAUAUAAAAAUUUCCUUAACAGUAUCAUCCUUUUUUUUCGCAGUCUAUUCUACCGUUGGUUUAGUGUGGACAAAAGAUCGGGGUGA